AAUGGAUUAAGCAGAGCACCAAAAUGCUUAGUCAUAUUAAUUUGUGGAAAGGAGGAGGAUAUUUAGAGGCGAAGCCGAUUGGCUGCCGGGACAAAGGCGUCUGAGGAAAAGUUUCUCUUUUUUUUUUUUUACCACGUCCAUAAUUUUUGAAUUUUACUCUUUGCACCUAAGUGCUAUGGCAACUCAAGCGAAGCCAAUUCUUUACGGGUAUUUCAGAAGUUCUUGUUCCUGGAGAGUCCGGACUGCAUUUGCACUUAAAGGUAUCGACUAUGACCAGGUGCCAGUUAACCUCGUCAAAGAUGGAGGCCAGCAGCUGACGGAACAGUACAAAGAACUGAAUCCUAUGCGCCAAGUGCCUACUGUUAAAAUCGAUGGCGUUACCUUGUCACAAUCGCUGGCCAUCUUAGAGUACAUCGAGGAGACCCGGCCAAGCCCCCCCCUCCUGCCUGCUAGUCCCCAGAAGCGGGCCCAGGUCCGCAUGAUCUGUGACCUCAUCGUCUCGGGGAUACAGCCCCUGCAGAAUCUGUGUGUGCUGCAGAAGAUUGGAGAUGAGAAAGUAUCUUGGGCUCAGCAUUUCAUCAUCCGUGGGUUUGAAGCACUGGAGCCUAUCCUGAAACAGACGGCUGGCAAGUUCUGUGUGGGCGAUGAGAUCUCGAUGGCAGAUGUUUGUCUGGUGCCCCAGGUCUAUAACGCUGAAAGGUUCAAGGUUGACAUGAGUCAGUUCCCAACGAUAAAGGGGCUCAACGAAACCUUGCUGAAACUGGAGGCCUUUAAGGUCAGCCACCCCUCCUGCCAGCCCGACACGCCCGAGGAGCUGCGUGCAUGAGUCCGGCAAAAUGCCGCUUACUACUGCCUUUGCUUGAAAGAUUUGUCAGGUCUUUCGUCUUGUAUUAAAGAUUGCAGUAAACAGC